AUGUCUGAAGUACCGUCAGACGACCAGCCGGAACGCCACGGCUCUGCCGCCCCUGCCGGCGCAGAGUCCGCGCAGUAUGACUUGGAGCCCCCCGAGCAUUAUGAACUACCCAACUUGAGCCACGUCAUGGAAGAGGACCCCAGGACAGAGACUACUCGGCAUAUGCUGGACAUCUUCUCUUACAAUGUCAACAAGAUGGAAUCCAAGGUCAGGGACCUGGGCAAAUAUGCCAAGAGAUUCGAAUGCAAGACGCGACCAACCAUCCUCAUGAUUCAAGAUCCUCCGUACAACGUUGCAAAAAUUCAUCUGCCAAAAUACCACCUCGUAAGCAAAAGUGACUGGAUACGACCCAAGUCUGACAAGGACAAAGACCAACAAAAGACUUCUCCGGCGGCCAAGAACAAACCCAAGAACUCCCAGGACGAGGAAGACGACGAACCAAAGCCUGUUUCCAGAAGGGUUGCCAUUUAUGUUUCCACGGCAAUACAUCCGAAGUCGUGGGAGGUCACUUGGGACGAGGGAGUGAACAAGGGAUACGUCGCUUACAUGCUCCUCCGCUUGCUCGACGGCUCCGAAGUGUAUUUCACAAAUUUCUACAACCGCAAGCCGGGAGAGAGCAUUGACCUUGAGCACCUUUUCAAAACCCCAGCCCCCGGACUCGGUUUCGACGUCCUGGGUAGCAAUUCUGCCAUCUUUUGCGAUUCAAACGCCCACUCCAUUUGGGAUCCUGGCAGCGAGCCUGACAAAUGUGGCAGAUACAUGUCGCAGGCGUUUCUCGAACGCAGCAUGGAUAUCCGACCAACAUACAACAAGAGAAAGUUCACCUACAGGCGCAAAGCGGCAAAACGAAAAGAAGAUGUUGCAACCAACAUUGACCUGGCCGUAUUGGGAAACACCAUUGACCUCAACGCAUCAGAGACCAGGAAUCAGCAUCCUCAGCUUGCCGAACUUAUAGAGGCUUUUGACGCAGAGCUGCAUGCAAAUCGGGCCCUACACGAUACGCGUCGAGACAAUUUGGCAUAUGACGAGCGUUACGAGAAGUGGGUGGCUGCGAUCAAGGAAACCAACAGGUUUUCGACGAUUGCCAAUACGGUUGCGUUCCGUAAUCGUGCCGCUAAUCUGUCCGAAGGCCUGGUGAGUCUUCACAAGAUAAUGGCUCAGGCUCGCAGGACGGCUCUCACACAGAUGCCUCCCCACUUGCAGUAUCUCAAGACCGCCGACGGUACCUUCUGUCAGAGCCAAGCAGAGAAUGCUCAUGUUUUACGUAGCAAACUAUUUGACGAAACCAGCGAUUCUCUGCCCCCGGCGGGAGAGGCAACAGCCUUGGGUCGGCACAUCGAAUCUCGCAUGGAGGCCUUAGAUGCCGAAAGAUCAGCAAGACCCAAGGCAAAGCCAAAAUCUCGGCCCUGUACAUCCAAGAAACGCAAGGGAAAGCAAGAGUCUCGGCAUCGUCAAUCCUCAACGCCACCGCCCCGCUCGACACCUCAACCGUCUCGGCCCUCUCCCGAACCUCUUCAUCACCCUUCUCCCUCGGGUGCCGCCAGUCGCCCCGCCGAGAACGAUUUUGAUCCUCCCGAUACCAGUACAAUCGUUUGCGCAUUUGAUACAUACUCUUCUGUUCCUACCCCGGGUUCGCUACUCACGCAUGAGGAACCUCCGUUUCCUGGAUCCCCGCUUUCCAACAUCGACAUGUCAACCCAGGACGACUGUUCGAUGCCCGAUGCAGACAGUACCACAUGUGGCGAAUCUCAACAUCCGGAGCCCUCUCCCAGCAAGGGUCAGAAGGGUACAACAUCCAGAGCUCAAGGGGGCAAGAAAACCGCAAAGAAAAAACCUCAAAGGCGCGUCAGCAUGAGUGGCGGCAAUCGCUUUGUUCCUCCUGCCAGGGAAUCAACGGUUUUAAGGUCCAACUCAAAGCCUGGUGGCUUGAGGGGAAACGUCAAGCCUUCGCAGCAAAAGCCUCUUGACCACCCAAGUUCAGACAAUCUAGCUUCCGACGUCCCCAGCAACCAUAUGGCUAGCGCAUUAGCUGAUUCGGUGUCAUCCCGAUCGAUCGACUCUCCCUUCGCUUCCGGCUCUCCCUCCGCCUCCGCUUCCGACCCUCCGCUAUCUGCCGGUUCCCCUCCCGUAUCCCAAAAGGCCCGGAGCAGACCUAAGAAGAAAAGGAUCUCUCACGAGGAGCGAGAACGGCUGGCUAAGCUGAAAUCGGAGCCCCCUCCCAAGCUCAACCGUCAAAAAGUUCGGAAGAUCGUGAAGAGACUGCCUGCCCGCAAAGCCCCUGGCCCAGACGAGAUUCCAAAUCCAGCUCUGAAGAUCGCGGUAGACGUCCUGUUGCCCUAUUUGUUGCAUCUCUUCAAUGCCUGCAUCAAGUUCCACUACCACCCGGUCUGCUUUAAGGAGUCAAUCACUAUCGUCAUCCCAAAAGAGGGGAAAAGCGACUAUACAGAUCCGAAGAACUACAGGCCCAUUGCGCUGCUUUCCUGUAUUGGGAAGGUUCUAGAGCGACUCGUCGCUGAUUACAUCAAAGAACUUGCUAUCAAGUACGACCUGAUCCCGUUCAGCCAAUACGGCUUCGCUGGAAAGAGCGCUCCCAAGGCAGUUGAGCAUCUUGUCAGCGGGAUCGUGGACGGGUUCUGCGCGAGAACCACUAAGAAGAAGUGGCGGACUAGCCUGUUGGCUCUUGACGUGUCUGGCGCUUACGAUCACGUUAAACACCUUGAGCUAAUCGACAUUCUCAUCGACGUGGGCGUGCCCAAAUGGCUUGUGCACUACAUCAAGUCUUUCGUCUCUGACCGUUCCACCUCGGUUGUGCUUCCAGGCUUCACCUCACCCAAGUUCUGGGUCCGCAUUGGCAUUCCUCAGGGGAGCCCACUGUCUCCGAUUCUCUUUGUCCUGUUCAUGGCACCGAUGCUGCGGAUACUUGACAACGAGGCAAAGCUGGGUCGUUCCAAGUACAUCUUCACCAGUGCCUCUUACGUCGAUGAUACUUGCAUCAUGGUCACGUCUACGUGUUCCACGUUCAAUUGCAAGAAGCUGGCCGAGGUGCACAACAAGCUGAUAUCCUGGGCACAACCACGUGGGCUACUAUUCGAUCCCACCAAGUACAAAGUCAUGCACUUCCGCCCACGGAAGGGAGGUAAUGGAUGUCUUCCUCUCUGCACAGAGCUGCCUGAAAUCGAGCACUUGGACGAGAGAACGGCUCUUGUGCGGGAAGCCAAGGAACCAGCAACGAACAAGGACGGCAACCUCCGUGUCCUAGGCGUCUGGUUGGACCACCAAUUGUCAUGGAAGUAUAACGUCCACCAGAUAAAGGAAAAGGUCAACCGGAAGAUGGACUACAUGAAGCGGAAAAUCAGCAGCGUUUCGGGCCCGUCGUUGCUGAAGAUGUGCCAACUUUACGCGACCAGCAUCCGUCCAAUCAUUGCGUACGCCUGCCCAGUCUGGUUUGUCGUCCCCAGCAUAGAGGCAAAAGGUUACGGCCUGAACCAAACGUUGAUCGACAAGCUCGAUGCCAUUCAGACCGGCUGCCUCCGGGUCUUUGCCGGCGUGCUUUCCAAGACAUCAAGCCUUCCCCUCCACAAAGAAGUCAACAUGGAGCCGAUUGCUGUCUAUCUCCAACGUAUGGCAAUGAGUCAUCGUGCCUGCAACUCCAUGGCCGAAGAUGGCAAGCUUCUAAUCGGAAAGACAACCAAAUUCCCUUUCAAAAGCACCAGGAGCCCAUGCUUCAAAAAGCAGCCGUACUUUAAGCUGUAUCAAGCAGCCUCCCGGCUCGCAGAAAAAGCCAAGGAUCAAUACCUGAGCAAGAACCUUCCCGACGUGUGGGAUAAUGCAGUCGAUCGGCGCAUCGCUAUCAACGAAUACCUCGAAGCGCAAUCGGAUACUCUCUGCAGGUACAUCUGGUGGUGGUUCAAAGAAAAACGAAAACGACGCUCAACCCGGCAGUCGUGGUACGGGACUCAUUGCCACCCACUCGCAACCAGGGGGGACUGGGGCGCUUCCAACCUCAAGCGCCACCAGCACUUGACCCGAGUUGAGAGCACUAUCAUCCUUCAUUGCAGGACCGGUUUCAUCGGCCUCAACUCCUACCUGUAUAAGAGGACGCUCGCCGACUCACCCAUGUGUCCCUGUGGCACCAACACCCACACCGUCGAACACCUCUUCUUCGAAUGUCCCCUGCUGGCCAACGCCAGACGCAACUUGCCCGUCACGAAGUGGACAGUAAAGUUGAUCGAAGGCCGGUUUGGUCGUUGGGCCUCCCGAAAACGCACCCUCGAACAGCUGAUCGACGAGCACCCCCGCACCAUGGCGCAAUUGGGCCAUCAAAACCUUCGGGCUCGGUCAGUUUGA